GGAAAAAUAAAAAAUAAAUGUUUGAAAAAGAAGUGGAAAAUUAAGUUAAAGAUACCAGAUACCGCAACAAAUAAAACUGAAAGAUACAACGAAACGAACUCCAAGAGAGAGAGACACCGAAGAGAACACCCAACACGACCUUGACAAAGUCGCAAAAAAAAGAAGAAAAUAAAAACCAAAUGUUAUAAAAGACUAGUCAUCCGAAAAAGCAACGAACAAAAAAACAAAACCUUAAACUCAGAAAUAUAUAUAGAGGAAAUAUAUAACAGAAAAACCGACAAAUAAAGUAUUAUUUCAAGUGUAUUAUUAAUUAUACGAAACGCCCCCAAAAAAUAUUACGAAUUUAUAUACAAAAUACAACAAAAACACCUGAAACCAAAACCAAAAAAAAAAAAUAAACUUAUUUUUUGGUGGGCGUCUGUCUCAAAUGUGCCAUAAAAAAAGAAGUUAAAGUUUUACAAUUAACCAACAAAAAUAAGUGAAAUAUCUUUGGUGCAAGGAAUGUUUUUGCCUGCUGCCGUUCAAAAAGGGAUUGAGAAAUGUUUGCCCCACGAAACUCGUCGCCAGUUGCCAUCUACGGCAAGGAGGAUGUGGCAGCCUAUGAGAUAAAACUAAAAAAAGUCUUGGGUCUGACUGUGUGCAGCAAUGCGGCGUUGGAUGUUUCACCAGUCAGCGGCCUCCUGGCCUAUCCAGCGGGCUGCACUGUGGUGCUGUUCAAUGCCAAACGUCAGACACAGGCCUAUCUGGUCAAUACCUCCCGCAAAGCAUUCACAUCCGUCGCCUUUUCGCGCUGCGGCCGCUACGUGGCCACCGGCGAAUGUGGCAUCAAUCCGGCCAUUAAAGUCUGGGAGCUGGAAACGCCCAAUGGCAAUCUGGAGCACUGCACCGGCGGCAGUGUGAUUGCCGAGUUUGUGGAUCACAAAUAUGCCGUCACCUGUGUGGCCUUCUCGCCCACGGGAAAGUACCUGGUUUCAGUUGGCUCACAGCACGACAUGAUCGUAAAUGUGUUCGACUGGCGGGCCAGCCUAAAGAUGGCCUCGAAUAAGAUUAGCUCCAAGGUGGCUGCCGUUUGCUUUGCCGAGGAUGGCAACUACUUUGUCACCGUGGGCAAUCGUCAUGUCAAAUACUGGUACUUGGAAGGUGUGCGCAAGUACAAAGAUCCCAUACCACUGAUGGGACGCAGCGCUAUUUUGGGUGAUUUGCGUGACAAUGAUUUCUGUGCGGUGGCCUGCGGCAAGGGGAUCUGUGCGGAGAGCACGUAUGCCAUUACCCGGCAGGGCCAUCUGGUGGAGUUUAGUUCGCGGCGGCUGCUGGACAAAUGGGUGCAGUGCCGCACCACAAAUGCCAAUUGCAUUUGCGUCAACGAGCGCUUCAUACUCGUGGGCUGUGCCGAGUCCAUCAUACGCAUUUUCAAUGCGGCCACACUGGAGUAUGUGACGACGCUGCCGCGCACCCAUUACCUGGGCGUGGAUGUCGCCCAGGGCAUACAGAUCAAUCACAUAAUGUCGGUGCCGCAGCAGGCCAAGUUUCCCGAUUGCAUUGCCAUGGUGUUCGAUGAGCAGCGAUCGAAGGUGAGCUGCGUCUACAACGAUCAUUCGCUGUACAUUUGGGAUCUGCGCGAUAUCUCGAGGGUGGGCAAAUCGCACUCGUUCCUGUAUCACUCCACGUGCAUUUGGGGCGUGGAGACAGUGCCAUAUAAUCUGGAGCGAGAGCCAUCGCAAACGCUGCCGGAGGAUUGCUUUGUGACCUGCUCCUCGGACGACACGAUACGCGUCUGGGGCAUCGAUGGAUGUGCCAACAAUGAGAUCUAUCGCAAGAACAUCUACUCCAAGGAUCUGCUGAAGAUCGUCUACAGCGACGACGAGCUGCAGUUCAUCAAGGAUCAGGGCAGCUCCUCGCUGUCCGACAAGACGGCCAACGCCUCCUAUGACGGCCGCAACGGUGUGCGCUGCAUCAAGAUCAGCCCCGAGCUGCAGCAUCUGGCCAGCGGCGAUCGCAGCGGCAACAUACGCGUCUACAAUCUGGUCAAUCUGAAGCUGGUGAACACCAUCGAGGCGCACGAAUCGGAGGUGCUGUGCCUGGAGUACUCCAACGAUAAGAUCGAGCGCAAACUGCUGGCCAGUGCCAGUCGGGAUCGGCUCAUACACGUCUUUGAUGUGGCCCAGAACUAUCUGCUGCUGCAGACGCUCGACGAUCACAGCGCUGCGAUCACAUCGAUCAAGUUUGUGGGCGCCGGACUGAACUUCCAAAUGAUCAGCUGUGGCGCCGAUAAGUCCAUAAUGUUCCGUAGCUUUCAGGGCAACAUCUUUAUGCGUGGCACCAAUACCUCGGGCAAGACCACGCUCUACGACAUGGAGGUGGACUCGAAUUCCAAGCAUAUCCUCACCGCCUGCCAGGAUCGCAAUGUCCGGGUGUAUGGCACACAGAAUGCCAAGCAAACGAAGACCUUCAAGGGCUCCCAUUCGGAUGAGGGCAGCCUCAUCAAGCUCAGCCUCGAUCCCAGCGGCAUCUAUGUGGCCACCUCCUGCACGGACAAAACGCUGGCCGUCUACGACUACUACUCCAGCGAGUGCAUGGCCCGCAUGUAUGGCCACAGUGAGCUGGUCACCGGCCUGAAGUUCACCAACGAUUGCCGCCACUUGAUAUCGGCCAGCGGCGAUGGCUGCAUCUUCAUUUGGCAGGUGCCGCACGACAUGAUUGUGACCAUGCAGGCCAGAAUGUCGCAGCAGCGUCUGCGUUCGGGCUAUGGCCCGCUGCCGCGUCCCCUGGCCUCGAUAUCGCCGCCCGAGGGCAUUGUGCUGGAGUCGCCCACCAGCGAAAUCGAACAGCCGCAAAUGGUGCCGAAAUUCGCCGUGGCCGACAGGCUAUCGGAUGUGGGACAGCUGCCGCAGUGGGCCAUGCGAAAGGCGGCAGCGGCGGGCGGCGACUCCGACAGCGGGGCGCUGUCCAUACCCACGCCCAGUGCUCAGGGUGGAGGCUCGUCGUCCAUACCGGCCAUGCAUGCGGCCUCCUCGAUGGGCAAUCUCAGCUCGUCGCCCAGCCAGCAGCUGGGCAUGGUGGCGCCGCGGGCACGCGGACGCUGGGCGCAGCGCAGCAGCCAGCUGGAGGCGGAUGAUCUGCGCUCCAAUUCGGAGAGCCCCCUGGGCACAGUGUCCUCCGUGGGCGGCCACAGCGGGGUGAAUGUGCAGACGUCCGACUAUAAUAGUGCCUCGUCCAAGGACAUCAUGUACAAUCAGACAUAUCUCAGCGAGGACUCGUCCAUCGAUUCGGGCAUGGAGACGCGUCGCGGCGAACUCAAGUUCAUUGGCAGCAGCAACAAUGGCACCGUGACCGUCUCCGUGUCAUCAUCAUCCUCCUCCUCCGCCGCCGCCCUGACCCUGGCGACGGCCAGCAACGGCAACGGCAACAGCAACGGUGCCAUGGCAGCUGUCGGCGCGGGCCAGCAGCAGCAGCAGCAGCAGCAGCGGCUGCAGCUGCCCGACAAACGGAAGCCCGGACUGCGCUUCGAUACGCCGCACACCCACGAUCACGAUGGCGAUGUGGAGGACAUAUCGGAUGGCGAGCGAACCAGCUCCGAUCAUGGAAUGUUCUACAACAAUCUGGCGCCCAGUACGCCCACUGACUUCAAAGUGACGGCCAUGAACGAGGAUGAGCUGCGGAAGUCCGUGCGACGACAGAAGUUUGAAAAGUCCGGCCUGCAGCUGCCGACGGCUAGUGGCAAUGGCAGCUCGCAUACCGCCAGCACGGGCACAGGCACUGGCACCUCCGACACCGAGGACGAGGGCUCCACGCCCAGUGCCGAGAAUGCGGAACGUUCGCUGGCCUCCACUUUGGGCGGCAGCAACGAGAAUCUGCCGCAGAGCAGUAAUAGUUUCCUUCAUGCAGCCCUGCCCGAGGGACCCGGUGGUCUGGCGGGGCCCCUGGAGCGUGGCACCACCAGUCGUCGCAGCAUCAGUGCCAAGCACAAUACGGAGUCGGGCAAGGGGGGUGUGGCGGCAACGCCCACCAUUACCAAGUCAUAUACCAGCACCAAGAAGGAGGAGCUGCUGCAGGUCAUCAACAAGGUCAAACAGCAGCUGGAGAAUGGUACCCGCAAAAACGGCAUCAAAAAGUUAAAUGUUAUAGCCGAGGUCGGCCAUAGACCCCUGAGGGGUAGCCAUAGCAUAUCGGAUCUGAGUCUGGCUGGUAAUUUGGAUGGUUCAAGGACAGCGGGCGGUGGUCCAGGACGUUAUACGAAGCCAGUUGCUUCCCAUGAAACUUCGCAGUAUAUUAGCUCCUCCGAUUCACCACCAACAAAUGCCACACCACCACCCAGCAAUAUUCCACCACAGCAACAGCAGAAACAACAACAACCUCAACCUCAACGAACUCAACAACAACAACAGUCGUACCAACAGCAAACAAAUUUUGGCAGCAGCUCGCAGCAGCAAUUCUUCAAUUGUGCAGCACCCAAAUCCAAGUUGCAGCAGAACUUCCAGACCAUGCGGCAAGUGCAACAGCACUAUCCGCCAUAUCCGCAUCAUGUGGGCGUGCAUCAGAUUCAUCCGCCGCCGGGAGUGCCCUUUGGGGGCGGUGGCAGCGCCCAUGCGAUGCGCAUGCAGACGCAGACAGCGCCUGCGCGGCCGGGUGUCAAGCGGAAUCCGGCCGGGAAUAAUCGACGCACGCCCAGCAUACUGAAGCACUACAAAUCGUGUCCCGUGUCGCCGGUGCACGAGGAAGUGGAGUGGUCCGCAGAGGCAGAGCGGGGCGGAAUGAUGACCGCAGAGCCCAAGCGGCAUUCGGUGUACGCCGACGAUGCCAGGACAAUACUGGACAUGAUCCAUGCGGACACCGAGAAGAUGAUCGAUGAGAUAACGCGAAAGUACGGCGAUCUGGAUGAGAUGCCAAUGGGCGGCGGUGGAGGUGGAGGUGGUCUGCCCGUCUCCUAUUCGAUGCCGGCCAAUCUGCGGGGACUGGGCUCCACGGGGGAGUCGACGCCCACACGCACCCAGCAGUGUACGUACGUGUAUCGGGAGAUCUAUCAGUGCGAGCGGAAGGUCUCCCUCUCGGACAUACUGCAGCCGGAGCAGUUUGCGGCGCGCGAGCAGCGGCUGGAGGAGGCGCGCUUCCUGGAGACGCAGCGUCAUUCGAGCGCCAGCUUUUUCCUCAGCAGCUGCGGACAGAUGCCGCACGAGCAGAGCCAGGAGUCGCUGCUGUCCGAUGGCGGCAGCUACUGCAACAGCCUGGAGAGCGUCCUGUCCGACGAGAGCGACUGCAAGAGUGCGCCGCUGGAGCAGGCCCUGCUCGAGCAGCGGCCACUGCAGGCGGCGGCCAUGCAGCGCCACGCGGGCAUACGGAACUUCAUCAUCCACGGACCCGUGUCCAAGUCGUACGGGAACAGUCCCAAUGCCUAUGGCAGCUUUGACUACUACAUGCGGCAGGCGGCAGCGGCCCGAACCACAACGACAACGGCCACCUACGACAGCUUCGAUGUGACGGGCUACAAUCUGGAGCCGCUGAAGCCGCUGCCCAGCUCCAAGACAUAUCCACGGCUGGCGCAGGGCCCCACCAUGGACAACAUACCCACAAUGCGCUCCAAGAACAAGCAAUACAACUCGGGUGUGAACAAAUCGCUCAGCACAGACUUUGCCCAGCAGCGGCAGCAGCGCAACUCGAAUCCCAUGCAGACCAGAGAGCCGCUCUUUGUGCGGAAACCACUGAAGCCCAAGCCCCCGGUGCCGGCCAAGCCACAGAAUCUGAUGAGCACAUUGACCUGCUUGGAGAAGCAACAGCAGCAGCAGCAGGCACAGAAAAAGAAAGCGCAGUCCAGGACGGCCAGUGUGGUGCAGCAGUUCGAGCACAAUCUGCAGAAAUUCGAGCGGGAGAAGCAGCGCGAGCAUCAGCAGCGGCGACCGGCCAUGCGCAGUUCGGUGAGCAGCGGCGCCCUGGCCGGCACACAGAGCUGCCUGAAGAAGGUCUCACGCUUCGAUACGAGCGAAAGCAGCCGCAGGGCCACCAGCAUGAAGCAGCGCAUGGGCAGGCCCAAGAUCAGCGUGCGCUUCAACACUGUCUCCCAGAUCAAGUAUACGCCCAGUGCCAAGCGGAAUGCCAAGAGCCACCAGGAGGAUGAGUAUGUGCCCGAACUGGAGGUGGGCAGCCUGCCCAGUGACUAUGGUGAGCGUAGCUUUGAGAUGUACUUUGCGGAGAAUGGCAAUGCACCCGAGAACCUGGAGCAUAUGCAGAGCCUCAAGCUGUACACGAAGCCACAGCUGCAGGCCGUGGUCGAUGAGAUUCAGCAGGAGCGUGAAAAGUAUCGCAAGAACAUGGACAAUGCGGAGCGCAGCGGCGAGAGUGGCGGCGGCAAUUCGACCAGCCAUCAGUGCCAGAAUAUAGCCAAGAAAAUUGACAUCAUUGAGAAGCUGAUUGCCAUGGAGGAGCGCAAAAUGGAGCAGAUACGCCUGGCCACCGAGUCGCGGCUGCGUCCCUUCAAUUGCAAUUCCAAGGAAAAAGGCUACGUGAAGAGUCUCACCAUGAACUUUGAUAUGUUGGCCAGGGGCGAGCCCCCCGACGAGGAUCUGUUGGAGGAUCAGGCCACCAGAGAUGCCGAUUUGUGUGCCUAUGCGAGAAAUAUGCGCAGGAAUUGCAGCCUGCCGGAUGUGCUGGAGAGUGCGGAUUUUGCCUACCAUUUGGGUGGCAAUGGGAAUGGCAAUGAAGUGGAACUGGCCAAAGAGGUCAUUGCCGAUGAUGAACCAGACAACAAUCCCAUGGGCAUCGAUGAUGAGGAUGAUGCGGAUGAUGAUGAUCAUCCUGCUGCGGGUGUUUUUAUGACGGAGCAAGGUAAUCCCAAAACGCUCAAUCCCAUGCCCAUCGAGGAGUCAUCCAUACGGCGAGCCUGCUCGCUGAGUGACCUGCACAUGGGCAACUUUGGCAAGCCAAGCAAAUCAAAUGGAACACCGCAAAAGCCUCAGGUGCAGCAUCGCAAUGGCAAUGUUAACAGAUCGGCCAGCAAACGCAACAGUCUGCAGGGAAAAACUGGACUGGGUGCCUCAAGCAACUCCAUGAAUGUGCUCAAUCAGGGUAGCGACUCGGAGCCCGAAGACAGCAAUCGGUUGCGCAGUGCCAGCAAUGGUCAGGGGCGCAGCAAUGGACCCAUUGCUGCCAAUCGACAGUACAGCAACAAGAUCAACAAUGUCAACAAUAAUCGUCGCAAGACGCCAAACUUUAGCAGUGCCACACCCAUGCAAGACGAUUCCAGCUCCGAGGAGACGCCAAAUAGCACCGUGAACAACAAGCCCAUAGUGCCGCCCCGACCGCGUAACUUGGCCUUUGAUCACAAGAGCAAAUUGAUCAACAACAGCAGUCCCAGCGCCAAUGCCAACAAGCAAAGAAGCGGAGCGGCGAACGCAGAAGAUUAUGAAGGAGCAGAUCCUGAAGCCCAGGUGCACAAUGUGAUCAAUAAACUUUAUACGACAACGCAGGCAGCCAUGCAGCUGCAUGCCAACUUGAAGAAUUCUCUGCUGCUGAAGGAACUGGAGAAUGCAUUGAUCAUGUCCAGGAAUAUGCUCAGCAGCAUCCCCACAAAUAGACAAACGGAAAAGACAAAUAAUGGUGGAGGAGUGGGAUUAGGAGGAGGAGUUGGUGGCGGAACCAAUUAUGAGCAGCUGACAGCUGAGAAUGGAGACUAUCUGAUGAUGGUCAAUAACUGUGCCGAUCUAUUGAGCAAUUUACGCACGAAGCACAAACCCGAUGACUGUGAGAAUAACUCCUAGUGUGUAGAGCUUAGGCUAGACUAAUCGAAGGCAGUACCCAAAAAAGAAAAAACAAGAAAAACUGCGCAGGGGAUAAAACUAACUAAAAAGGAUAUUUAUUUAACUAAACAUAAAAAAAACACUCUGGCAGAAGGCAAACAAACAAUAAACCAACACACACACACACAAGCAAGAGCAACAGCAAAACCAACCAAUCAACUAAUUUGUAAUUAAUUCGAAUUAACAAUUAAUUAAUGUAAACUUUUGCUUAGUUAUUAGAUCCGAUAAGAAAUCUGUUUCUGUGUGUGCAUUUCAAUUUUUAAACACUAAUUUAUAUGGCAAUAAAAGUCCGUUUAGCUUUGAAUUCAAUUCUAUAAAUGUUAAGUUUAAUAAGCAAACAGUUUUUCGUAUGUGUUAAGUGUUAUUUGAGUUUAAGGCAAGAAUGAUAAUGAUGAUGAUUAUGAUGAUGAACAACCGAAUUGUUAGAAAGUGCGCUUACAUUUAUGCCUUCUUUUGUAUAUGAUUUUGUGUAUUUUGUAUUCCAUUUUUUUUCGUUCUGUUGUUUACCUUUACAUAUUGUGUUCUUUGUUUUUGUGUGGAUUAGUCAAAAUGUGCAAGACGACAAAAAAGAAAACACUACCAUGAUGGCGAAGAAUUUUGUGUCAAAUUUUAAAUAUUCCAAAAUUUCAAUUAUCCAUAAAUAUACUAUGUAUGUAUUGUACUCCAGAACAUUAUACUUAUGCCACACGAUUAUCAGAGUAAUAAUGCUUACGUAUGUGAAAGAAACCCGAUGAGCCGAUGCUUUAUGCGGCACAGCAGAUAGAAAAAAAAAAAAAAAACAUUUAA